AUUUUUUUUUUUUUUAAUGUUUUUACAUAUGUUAAAUUGGGACAUGUGGCUUACUGCAAUGUCUUAUCAUGAUACAAUUCCGUAGAAUUUUGCAGUCACUGCAAUAUAAUUGUGUAUAAACUUAAUAUAAUUUACAAUAAUCACAAUAAGUAGAGUCUGUUAUAAUAACACAUAAUCGAUACAUGUAUAUCAUCCAAGUAUUUCCAAUAUAAUGAAGUUAUUAAUUCGUAAGGGAUAACGGCGCGUGGUUAUGCCGGAUUGAAUCGGCUAUAUCUUUAUCAACGAUCGGCGAUUCGCGAAGGUGCCGUAGCCAGACGCUGUGGUGAGUACCGCAAAACGGUUACUCGCGAAGUGAAAGCCCCAGGAUCGCGGAGGCUCACACUGUGGGCCCAUGGUCUCGCGCAGUCAGUACGAAGCGAGCUAAGAGUUGGCAUGUUGAUCGCCGUGCAUCGUGUAGUCGUCAGCGAAUUGUCACGUUGAGCAUCUCUGAAAAGAUCGAGUCUGGGGACAACGUAGUUCCGCGCGAUUUGGUUCCAAGAUUCAUGCUCCUGCGUAGGAUGAGAGCAGACUGAGCGCAAUGACAACGAGACACUUUGUAUUUGUCAUAACUUUAGCGUGCGUUGCAGCGUCUGCCGCGCAAGUCUACAAGAGCCAUCCGGUAGACGCAGUUGCACCGGUCGAACCGGCGGCUACGAAUAAUGACUUCAUCACGCAAACCGUAUACGGAUUCUUGGACUUCACCACGACCAUUGGCAACACGGUGAUGGUUUUCAGUCCUCAGAGCGCGCCACCAGAGGCGGCGGACACCGGGAAGAAGACCACGUCCGCCACACCGGCGAUUCACACGAAGCCCCCGACGACGGAGCAGAAGAAGAAUGUCCCUGACAUCCAACCUAGCAAAACGCACAAGCAGGAUGCCCAGGCCGAGACGAAGAGACAGAUAAAAGGCACGAAAGUUAUCGUGAAUUCUGUAAUUGAGCAAAAUGUGGUAAACCCGUCUACGAACGCCGCACCGAAACCCACAAAGGACCAGGAACCAAUUAAGCAGGCGGCGACAAAGACACCUGUAUUGUCGUCGGUCGUUCAAGUACGCGCCAAGGAUGAGACUCCGGGCGUGAAGAACAAUCUUGCCGAACCGGAAUACGAUUUUCUCUCGAAGCAACCUACAGAAGUGAUCGACGAGACGUACAAGCUAAUCAAUUUACGGCCUUCGUCAAAAACGCACGCGAAGCCGCGCGCAACACCACGAAGAGAUAAAGAGAAUCCGACCGGCCUAGUCACCAAAUUGGGCGGCACUAUCGUGAAGGACGGUCUUACCACUGUACAUGAGACCAGCGUGAUCGGCACUUAUAUUAACGGCAAAUAUGCUCAAGUCCUACAGAGCUCGUCCAGGAUUCUGACAGCGCCGGCGGCACCUGUCCUUGAAGGCAAAAUUCGACCAUCGAACACUCACCGCAUCCUAAAGACCAUCGGACCCCAACACGGCAAGCUCAAGCCUCAUCUGGAACCUACUCCGACUCAUCAACAACAGGAAGAGUCCUCGUUGCCGCUCGAGGUGCUCUUCGACACGUCCUCUGGUACCCCCAUACGAACGACACGAAGGCAUCAUUCGGCUGGCGGUCAGUCUCGACCCAAGUUCCGAAACAAGAUCCCCGAGGACUAUGACAGCAACGAGCCGCAACAAACUAGAACCGGAAAGAAUCGUGCGACGACGGCGCGACCCAAUUACAAGAAUCGCCCCGCGACAACUACUACGGAGGCGUCGGUCACUCGUCGUCGUAGCGGUUUUCGGCCAAGCAGUCAGUCUGCCAAUUUGCCUUCAAAGCAGACCACAAAGUCAAAGAACGAUCAACAACCGACGACUGCGGCCAGUCUUCCGGUGCCCAAAGUGAAGCUACCUCGGACCCAGGGUCGCUGGUCGUAUAAAACCACGCCGAAACCGAGGAUCAUGAUUCGCAAGCAAGUGGACGAGGAAGAAUCGCGCACGUCAUCGACAGAGAGUCCAAGCACACCGGAAUCGCCCGCGACGGUGUUGGACGAUAGUAGAACAACAGUGGCGUCAGCAGCAUCUCUCGGCGCUGCAUCGACCACGGCCGGUGGUGUCGCCAACGCUCAGAGGAAGGAGUUAUCUUUGACCGAAGACGAAUUGGAUCCCAGCGAAAGCGAGGAUGUAGCUAGCGUGAGCGUGCAGGAUCAGCAGCAGCAUGCUGGCGAACAAAUUCUGCCGGUGGAGACGCUCAACGUGGAGAUUUCAACUGCGGCGGAUCAGGAUAGUGUAUACUUUGAAAUAGCCACAAUCAAGUCACCCUACGCUUUCCAGGUGGGUACAUUGCGAAAUACCCGCUACAUUACGGUAACCUCGACGAUCAAGAAGACCUUCGCCACAGCCGAGCCGAGUAGCUCGAUCUCGCCCACCGAACCGUUAACAGAGAACAUUCUCGCAAACACAGGAGCAGCCUACGAGUCCAGCCUGCCAUUGGACUCGUCGGUCGCGACUCUACCGGCUAUCUCGUUGGAUCCCGGUCAAGCGACGCCACCGUUGGAGACGUUGACGGAAACGUUCUCAACAACGCAAACGUUGCUAAAAACGCACAUGCUACCCGUAAUUUAUAACGGUAACAGCACCACCCGACUAACUCUGGUGCAAACGUACAACAUUGCGCGUGUGGUAACGGCAAUAAAAACGUUACCGCCGAUGGAAAUUUAUCAGUUCAUUCCCAGCAAAACGCUGAAUGAAUUCAAUUCGAAACUCGAUGAAGCCGGCAGUGAGCUGCAUCUCGAGUUGGAUUUCGGCGAAGAUGAUCGUGACGACGAAGAUGUGCCUAAAAGGGUGGUAGUACCCAACAAUGACGCCGAUUCCGACCUGGACGUCUUUAGAUCGGCGUCACCAUCGAAAGUGAAGACCGAUAUCAUCAGUAGCAGUAGCAGCGCCGAAGCUCAAUUGACUCCGGAACAGGUCCAACAGUUGGCCCUCCUCAAAUAUUUUGGUCAGCCACAACCCCAGGUGAUCACCACGUCCAGGCCAGUGGUUGUGCUAGAGACAUUGUACGAGUCACAUGUUAUUCCCGUGGUGAACGCGGGCAAUACCGUCUUCUCCACGUUGUCCAGGCCAGUCGGCACAGUGCCCAGGACAUCUUACGAAUACGGCACAUCUACCUUGAGCCCUGUACUCCCACCACAGGUGCCACAAGUGCCACAGGUACCGCAAGUACCACAGUUGCCGUUGUUUCCUCAGCAGCCACAAUUCACAAUAACCAGCGCGCCAUUAAUCACUCAAACUCUCGCCACUGUAUCCGAGUCAAGAGUGCUGAAGCUCACAUUCGGUGCCAAGACCGCCUAUACCACCCUCUUCUCCACGAAAGUCGUACCAACCGAACUCACCACUUACGUUACCACCACUGUGCCGGUGCAACCGACGGUAGCGGCCUAUCCUGGCUAUUAUCCGCCGCCGGUGCCCUACCCGGGUUAUCCCUUCGUUGGUUAGAUUUUAAUCUAACUCUCGAAAUCUUCGCGAUCCAGUCUGAUCGCGAUUUAUUGCCAAGUAGACUCCUCAUAAAACAAUUCUCAAAUUUUAAUUAUAUUCAUGACUGAUCUACUUUUUCUUGGUAAUAUUAGUAUCGACAUCUUUAAAAUUACAGGUAUGUUUCAUUAAAUAGCAUUAUUAAAGUGAAAGAGGGAAUGAGAAAAUCUCUCUUACAAAAAAUUAUGUAUUAUAAAACUUUUAAUUCAGUAUAAAAUGUCAUUUGUUGCGUUAAAUUUCACUACAUCUCCGUGUCAAAUGAAAGUAGAGAUUGGUAAUAAUGCUACAGACCCACGAUAUUUUUCCGUUCUUUUCUACUCGCGACAAUUCCGUAAUCUCGUAUAAUUAUAGUUUCUAAAAACAUUCAGUAUCGAUUUAGGCCAUUGCAUGUCGAGGUAAGUAGAACACGGAAAAAUGUAGUUUGUUUUCCCUAUCGGGUAAAAAGAUCCGAAGAUACAGAUGUCAAAUUAUUAUUCGAUAUUAUAAUAGAGUACCAGCGACGAUUGUGAUCGGACUGAAUAUCGACUGUAAAUAAAUUAUUGACUAUAAUGUAUAUCGUAUAUUGUAUAUGUAUAUCGCGUAUUUUGUAAAUAAAUAACGAAUAAAUCUACUCCCGCCGUAUUGCGGAUCCUGCAACGAUCAAAAAAGAAUGAUUCU